AUGGCCGCCCCGGCCGCGACCCUGGGCACCCUGCAGCCUGGCACCCUGCAGCCCCCACCCCGCCCCGGCCGCCGCUCCCUGCCAGGAGCAGAGGACGCUCCUUCCCAGCUGCCUGCUCCUCGGAACCCGAAGAUUCGCCUGUACAACACGGAGCAGGUCCUGAGCUGGGAGCCAGGGACCCCGGACUGGGACUCGAGGCCCGUGGUCUACCGGGUGCAGCUGAAAUACUCAAGCGGCUGGCACGACACGCAUCGCUACUUGCCAGGGGUGAACUGUACGAGGAUCACCAUCACGUGGUGUAACUUCACUGGCAAUGAAGGGGGCUUCUCCACGCACUUCAACGUCCAUCUGCGGGUGCGAGCCGAGCUGGGAGACGUGGUUUCUGCCUGGGCAACCGUGCCCUGGUUCCAGCACUACCGGAACGUUACUGUCGGGCCUCCAGGGAACAUCUGGGUGACCCCAGAAGAAAACUCCUUUAUCAUCACUCUCUCCCCUCCCUUUGACAUAAAUAUCUCCUUGGCCACUUUUCAUUAUUUUGUCCGUUUCUGGGAGAAGACAGCAACCCAACAGAAUGAGGUGCUCCCAGCUGGAAAGCCCCAGAUGAAAGGCCCUUUCCAGAAGAAUGUCAUUGUGUUGGAUGGUUUAAAGCCCGCCACAGUGUACUGUUUACAAGUCCAAGCACAGCUGGAUGGGCGAUGGACAGGCCGGUCCAGUCCCGGGCACUUAAGCAACGCAUCUUGCUAUGAAACAACGGCAGAUGCUGCUACCAGGCUCCAGCCGGUCAUCCUGAUCACCGUGGCCAUUGUCUUGUCACUGUCAGUGCUGUCGGGGGCCUGUCUCUUCCUGGUGCUGAAGUACAGAGGCCUGGUCAAGUACUGGUUUCACACUCCGCCAAGCAUCCCAUUACAAAUAGAAGAGUACUUAAAGGACCCAACUGAGCCGAUCCUAGAGUCCUUGGACAGGAACAGCGCCCCAAAGGAUGACGCCUGGGACUCCGUGUCCAUUGUAUCGUCUCCAGAGGAGCGCGAUGUUUCCAAAGCACUUUGAACCAAAGCGCUGGUCCGGCCACCGGCCUAUGGGAAGAGGACUCUAAGCCAAGGAAGCUUCUGGCAUCCUGCCGGCCCUGGACCCCAUAUUCCUGCCUCAUAAAAGCCUAGCAGAACCUAGGGAGAGGUGGGAGGGUCUCUAGGGGAGACAAGCUUACUUUUUCCAAGAAUUUUCUAAAUCAUACAAGUUUCUAGAAUGAUGCUAAAGAGAAAUCCAGGAAAAAAUAAGAUUUCUCUUAAACACUAAAGGGACAUGUAAUUAUUUGUUGGCAAAAUGGCACUGGCUCCUUGUUCAUUGUUGGCUGGACCCACUUGUCAAGAGACUUGGCUCCCCCCCCAUCCCUCAACUCUGGAAAAUGAGUUGGGGUCCCUCAGACAGGUCACAUUACCUGUCUCAGCCUGACCCAUUAAGAGACGUGGCCUCCUGAGCAGACUCCUGGCCAAACAUGGUUAAUCCUAUAAACAUUUUUCUAGUAAUUUAAAGUUUUUUUCCAAGCUAGAAAUAAAAGA